GUGCUACCUGUAUCUCUGUGUGCUCCUAGGCACUACGGCAGUGCCAGCCAGUCUGCACCUAGCUCCCUGUGUCCUCCUAGAAAUUACCUAAAAUUUGUAUUAAAAUUUCAAGUGAAAGAAACAAUAAGGAAAAAUGAAAUAAAAUAAAAAAUAACGAAAAAAUCAGAUGUGAACGAAAAUAAAAGACAAAAAUAACGAAAGUUGAUAAAUUAUUUGAGAGUGAGCUAAAAAUUGUGAGAAAAUUACGAAACUUAUCGUUCAAGAAGCUGGGAUCAAAGUCUACCCUGAAGCGAUAUUAUCAAAGUCUACCCUGAAGUUAUAUUAUCAAAGUCUACCCUGAAGCGAUAUUAUCAAAGUCUACCCUGAAGCGAUAUUAUCAAAGUCUACCCUGAAGCGAUAUUAUCAAAAUCUACCCUGAAGCGAUAUUAUCAAAGUCUACCCUGAAGUUAUAUUAUCAAAGUCUACCCUGAAGUUAUAUUAUCAAAGUCUACCCUGAAGUUAUAUUAUCAAAGUCUACCCUGAAGUUAUAUUAUCAAAGUCUACCCUGAAGCUAUAUUAUCAAGUCUACCCUGAAGUUAUAUUAUCAAAGUCUACCCUGAAGUUAUAUUAUCAAAGUCUACCCUGAAGUUAUAUUAUCAAAGUCUACCCUGAAGUUAUAUUAUCAAAGUCUACCCUGAAGCUAUAUUAUCAAAGUCUACCCUGAAGCUAUAUUAUCAAAGUCUACCCUGAAGUUAUAUUAUCAAGUCUACCCUGAAGUUAUAUUAUCAAAGUCUACCCUGAAGCUAUAUUAUCAAAGUCUACCCUGAAGUUAUAUUAUCAAAGUCUACCCUGAAGCUAUAUUAACAUGGCUUUGAAAAUAUUUAAUGGGUAACUUUACAAUUUUUCUCAAAAAAAAAAAAUCCAAAAUUAUUAUACAUACUAGUAUAAAUUAUGGAAAAUAAAUCUCUCUCAUAUAAUGGGAAAUCCCCAGUAAUUCCCCAAAAUCCCGGGAAAUCCCCAAUAAUCCACAAAAUUCUGGGAAAUCCCCAAUAAUCCAAAAAAUUAUCAAUUUUAGACCCACAGAUUACGUAGACUGAGUCCAAUCAUCAAGUUUAGACCCUCAGAUUACGUAGACUGAUUCCAAAGAGUUUAGAAUUGACUGUAGACAUCAUUGUAUAGCUUAGACAAGGUAGACAGAGGCAAACAAAGUAGACAAGGUGCAUAAGGUAGACAAUACACACAAGGUAGACAAGACACAAGGUAGACAGAGUAGACACAGCUUCAGGAUGGUGAAGGCCAAGGUCAUAGCGCUGGUGACAGUGCUGGUAGGACUGGUAGGACUGUGUGUACUCAAAUAUACUACCACAACUACCAGCAUGAACAACAACCAGUAUCACCCCAUCAGCUAUGCUUUGUGUAGAGAGGUGUUCCAUUACGGUGUUUUUGACCUGCCACUACCCUGCAGGGUCAGAAUGUCAGCCAUUACUGACCUGCAGACUGACCUGCACCUUACCAACACCCAGGCAUAUGGCCAGCUGGAAUUUCUGAAGAUGAAUGGUAGUGGAGAUGGGGGGCAUCGACUCCCCGGAGACUCGCUGUCCGAUUACGGUGACGGACAGGUAGCCGAAGUGGCUUUCUCCAAUCUCUAUCCGGCCGUCAUCGAGUGCUUCCUCAUUAUCCUGUGUGGGUAUGUGGCUGGGCGCUGCAAUUUAAUAUCACAGACGGAGUCUAAAGGCCUAAAUACUUUCGUAGGCACGUUCUCGCUUCCCUCACUAAUAUUCGUGUCUAUGGCACAUUUGGAUUUCAGCUCGGUUAAUUGGAUGUUCCUCUUAGCCAUCUGCAUUUCAAAAGCCUGUGUGUUCUUCCUGGUGAUCCUGGUGACCCUAAUGGUGUACCGGCCAGUCGAUUUCGGCAAGGCCGGCCUGUUCGCAAUCUUCUGUACCCAGAGUAAUGACUUCGCUCUGGGGUACCCCAUAAUUGCAGCACUGUACGGCAAGACUCACCCGGAGUUUGCACUGUAUUUGUACCUGGUUGCGCCCAUCUCCCUCGUUCUCCUCAACCCUAUUGGCUUCAUCCUCAUGGAGGUUGGGAAACGACGUAAACAUAGCCAAAAUGAUGGCGAUGAAGGCGCCUCAUCCUCAAGCGAGGGCAGAUGUCGUCUGUGUCUUCAGAUUCUUCGAGAUGUGCUGCUCAACCCCAUAGUACUCAUGACCACCCUGGGUAUCAUGGGUAACUUUAUUUUCAAUCACAAACUCCCAAACAUUUUGGAGGGCGUCUUAAAGGUGUUCGGACAGGCUUUUUCCGCAGCGGCCCUAUUUCUCCUAGGUCUACGGAUGGUCGGCAAGGUCCAAACCCUCCGGGGCUCUGGUCUGGUCAUUCCUAGCAUCCUCAUAGCUACCAAAACGCUGUUCCUUCCAUUGACGACACGGUUGAUCGUCGGACUUCUUCACCCCGGGAAUGACGCCAAUGAGACAGCAGACUUCAGUAAUUAUGGCUUCCUGUACGGCACCUUCCCUACGGCUCCUGGUGUCUUCGUCUUCGCAUCGCAAUAUAAUAUUGCUGUUGAUCUGGUAGCAAGUGCCAUGGUGGCGUGUACCUUCCUGUCAGCGCCACUGAUGUUUGUCUCAGCCAAGAUGGUGACUCUGGUCAAGAUCAACCCCAUGGACUAUGUCCAGGAGCUGGAGUCUGUCCUCUUUAAUGUCAGCAUCCUGGGUCUUAUUUGCACGUCGUGGGUGCUGGCGGUGUUUUGUCUUAGUCGCAAGUGGAAUAAAGUGCCUCACUUUAUUACUAUGUGUCUGGCACUGUCUCAAGGUGUUGCUUGUCUAGGAGCACUCUUGUGGUCGGUACUAGACUGUACUCACACCUGGAAGUUGUACCUACAGUUUGUACUCUUCUCCUGGGGUGUGUUUUCCUCGCGACUCUGGACGGCCAUACUGGCCAUCACACUGUUCCUGCUGCGAUGGCGCUCACUCUGUUUUGUGCUGCGAAUUCGACCAUUCCUGGCUAUCGUAGGUUGGGGGUUACCAGCAGUAUUGGUGACGGUGUUGAUCCUGAUGGUGCAACAAGAGACGGAUGUAGCGGACAAACACGACCCAAAUUUCCAAUACGGCGCAGCGCAGGCCAUAGUCGCUCUCCUCUUGCUCUGGUUUAGCCUAAUCACGACGGUGGUGUGCCUGAUCUUCCAUCAGCGCCAUGAACGCCGCUACUCACAGUACGAAUCGUUGCUGAACCUGGAUGACAGCGAUGACGCCAGAGGUCGUUCACCAGGAGUAUCGCCACGUACGUCAACCGUUGAUGCUCCUGUGUUGGGUUGCAAUGGGACAGUACUCAGCACUGGCAGUGAUGCAGAGGAGAGGACCAGGGACCCAGAAACAGGAAUAGAUGGUAACCUGUCUUCUGAUAGUGACAGCCUGUUCAGCCCCCAUGAUGACCUGGGUCGUCGUUACCGACCGGACGACCGCAGCGACGACUACAGUGAUGACCAGCGAUGUCUGAUGACAUCACAGCUCACCGAACCUCAGGAGACGACCAUUGUUCGUGACCGCGAUGACGAAUUUCAAAUGAUGCGACAUGUCGUCUUGUUGUUGUUGUUGUGCGGCUCCAUGAUUGUGGGGUUUGCAUUGUGUAUGUGGACACUGGUGACCUCAGAGGUCAAUGGAGUUUACGUGGAGCUGGUUUUCCUCGACAUCGUGCUCAAUUUUGGCCAGGGGUUCUUCACCGCUGCAAUCUUCGGACUAGACACCAAACUGAUAGUGAUGCCUCUGUUAAAAUGGUGGCGACAGGUAUGUCACGGCGCAGCUGUCAUUAAGGUACCAGCUUGGGAUCAGCUGGACCCCAAGACACGACAAACGUGCGAACAGUUCACUAACUAUCACAUGGAUAAAUGUAUCAAUGACAUUGUCAGGGAUAGAAGGUGGAGACUGAAGAACCUGGCUGCAGUGUUUGGUGGAAAGGAACUGGUCGACUGGCUCCUGAUGGUCGGCCUGGCACACGACCGCACUGACGCUGUCAAGUACGGCCGUCAGCUGCUGCAGGGUGGCAUUAUCCGCCACAUUGACAACCUCCAUCACUUCCAUGAUCAACCGCUCUUUUAUACUUUCAGGUUUAACGAAGGGGCAAUGCAUUAAUGACAAUGAUAUUAAUGCUGCACACUAUGCCUUCAGGUUUAACGAGGGAACGACACAUUAAUGACAAGUCGCAAUGUUACUCCUUCAAGUUUAACAAAGAAAUGACAUAUUAACAUCAACAGUCAUAAAGCUAGGUGCUGCUGCUGCUUCAGGUUUAACGAAGGAACGACACAUUAAUGACAGUAGUUGUAACACUACUCUCCCCUAUAACUAUUUAUCAACAAACUCCACAUCAACAUGGCUGUAACAAUUCAAAAUUAGCCACAACCUAGAAAAACUCUUAGAUGACAAUUCGGUCCGUAGUGAACCAUUAUUAGGCCCGUUGUGGUCCUGUAAUGAUCACACCUAGUGGACCAUUUGCCAUUUCCUCUCCAAAUUAUGGAUCUGCGAUAUUUAAACCUCAUAACUUGUUGUAUAUUUUUUCAAUACAUCGGUUGCCCCCAACCAAGGCAUUGUGACCCAAAAAACGAAGAUCAAAAUUUUCUACAUUUUAUAUUUACAGUGGUACCCUGAGUUUCGGCCACCUCCCAACUCGAACAAUUAUGUAAGUGUAUUAUUGUAAAGGCUAUUGUAAGUGUUUUUUUGAGGGUCUGAAAUGGACUAGUCUAAUUUACAUUAUAUCUUAUGGGAACAAAUUCGUUUGGUAACAGCACUCGAACAGCCAUCUGGGACGAAUUAUGGCCGAAUCUCGGGGUACCACCGUAGUAAUUUAUACAGGAAAAGGGGUUACUAUCCCCUUGCUCACAGUGAAUAUAUUUUUACAAAUUAUUAUAUAUAAGAAGCAUGAGGCUAUGUGGUGUCACACCACACAUGAUUUUGUGGUUGUGAAUAGAUAUGCUUUUUUUAGUUACAGUAGAACACGCUCGUACCCGCAGGGGAUGCGUUCCAAGGACCUGCCGUGGAUACUGAAACCCUGGAUAGUAGCAAACACUAUAUAUAAGUCCUAUACAUACCUAUUAUCAAGUUUAAUUGAUAAAUUAUGCACAAUAAGUGGAAAAUUAUAAGUUUUUCGCUGAUGGGAAGCACUUCACAGCUUCUCUUAGACUUUGAACAACUGUCAGCUUCUCUAUUUUUGCACUUUGGGGCCAUUAUUAAGCAAAAUUAAGGUUUAUUUGUGGGCCAUAGUAAACCGUGGAUAACUGACACCGCGGAUACGAGAUCAGUGGAUACGGGUUCUACUGUACUGGUGUCUACUAGGGCAUUUUAUAUAUAUAUUAAGUCUGUUUAGCUUAUGUAAGUCUGUUAUGUACAUUAUUUUCGUGGAAUUUUUCUGUACAGUGGUUUACGAACAAUGAUACGAUGACUACAAUGGUUCGAUUUAUAUUUGACUACAAUCGUUCGACUUAGGAUAUUUUGACUUUACAAUGGUUCAACUUAUGAUAUUUCGAUUUUACAAUGGUUAAACUUACAAUAUUUCAACUUUAUGAUGAUAUGACUUACUACAGUUCAGCUUUACAAUGGUGCUAUAGCCAUGCACAUUCAGUACUGUACACUUAUUGAUAGGAUAAACUUCUUUCAACCAACCGGCCAUAUCCCACUCAGACAGGGUGGCCCAAAAAAGAAAAAUGAAAGUUUUUCUUUAUAAAUUUAGUAAUUUAUACAGGAGAAGGGGUUACUAGCCCCUUGCUCCCAGCAUUUUGGUUGUCUCUUAUGACAUGCAUGACUUACAGAGGAAGAAUUCUGUUCCACUUCCCCAUGGAGAUAAGAGGUAAUAAACAAGAAGAAGACCUAGAAAGAAAAUAGAAGAAUACCCAGAGGGGUGUGUAUAUAUAUGCUUGUACAUGUGUAGUGUGACCUGAGUGCAAGUAGAAGUAGCAAGACAUAUCUGAAAUCUUGCAUGUUUAUGAGACAGGCAAAAGACAUCAGCAAUCCUACCAUCAUGUAAAAUAAUUACAGGUUUUCGUUGUACACUCACUUGGCAGGACGGUAGUACCUCCCUGGGCGGUUGCUGUUUACCAACCUACUACCUAGAGGAUAAACUUGUAUUCAUUUAUUAAUUUACAAUGGCAUUAUUGCAAUUACUUUUGUGCUGUAAUAACAAAGGUUUUAUUUGUUAUAAAACUGUUGUUGUAAGAACGGUGGCCCAAAGCCACCUGGUGGUGCACAACAGAAGCUGCUUGGGUUAGGGUUUCUUUGGCAUUCUGAGCUAUCAGGAGAGGGUCAGUUGACCUUGCCCAAUCAGGAAAGGGUUGAAUGGAGGAUUGGUUGAACUCAUCUGGGUGAUCUCGUUAAUUUAUGGUUUAGCUCAAUCAAAAGCUUUUUUUCUUCAACGCACUGGUCAUCUCUCACCUAGGUGGUGUGACCCUUAAAAAAAAGAUACACUUCUUUUUGAAUUUAGUAAUUUAUACAGUAGAAGGUGUUACUGGCAUCUUGCUGCCGGCAUUUGAGUUGCCUCUUACGACAUGCAUGACUCAGGCAAGAAGGAUUCAGGAAAACUAUACUGUAUAGGAGGGCUCUGUUUAUUACAGAAGGACCCUGUGUAUUACAGGAUGGCCCUGUGUAUUACAGGAAGGUCCUAUGUGUUACAGGAGGGUCCUGUGUGUUACAGAAGGGCCCUGUGUAUUACAGGAAGGUCCUGUGUGUUACAGGAGGGUCCUGUGUGUUACAGAAGGGCCCUGUGUAUUACAGGAAGGUCCUGUGUGUUACAGGAAGGUCCUGUGUAUUACAGGAAGGUCCUGUGUGUUACAGGAGGGUCCUGUGUCUUACAGGAGGUGCCAUUGGUACAGCUCUAAGUUUCCGAACCCCAUACCAUAAACGAAAAUUGCAGACGAGUGGAAAAGAGCAUUUUUUCAUUAUGAAAUGCAUCUAAAAUGCCAGAUAACAUGUUCACACUAUCAUAUAUUAAGUGCUCAAUACAGCUGGGCCCAAGACAAUAAAAUAAAUACACAGUACAUACAAUACAUUAAAAUAUGGUGCUGGUUGCCAUUCCUUUCCACAACUGUUGUGACAGCAUCAAACAUAAUUAAUAAUGACUAAGUUGGAAGCCAAUGAAAAGAGGUGAGGAAUACACAGGGCCCUCCUGUAAGACACAUGGCCCUCCUGUAAGACACAGGGCCCUCUUGUAAGACACAUGGCCCUCCUAUAAGACACAGGGCCCUCCUGUAAGACACGGGGCCCUCCUGUAAGACACUGGGCCCUCCUGUAAGACAGGGCCCUCCUGUAAUACACAGGGCCCUCCUGUAAUACAAAGGACCCUCCUGUAAUACACAGGGCCCUCCUGUAAUACACAAGUCUUUCCUGUAAUACACAGGGCCCUCCUGUAAUGCACAGGGCCCUCCUGUAAUACACAGGGCCCUCCUGUAAUACAAAGGACCCUCCUGUAAUACACAGGGCCCUCCUGUAAUACACAAGUCUUUCCUGUAAUACACAGGGCCCUCCUGUAAUGCACAGGGCCCUCCUGUAAUACACAGGGCUCUCCUGUACAUUCAGCGAUGUGCCAUUGUUUUUUUUUUUAUUAUUAUUAUCACACUGGCCGAUUCCCACCAAGGCAGGGUGGCCCGAAAAAGAAAAACUUUCACCAUCAUUCACUCCAUCACUGUCUUGCCAGAAGGGUGCUUUACACUACAGUUUUUAAACUGCAACAUUAACAUCCCUCCUCCGUUGUUGUAUAUCAACAUUUUUGGAGUACAGCCUCUCCUCACUUAGCAACGUACUCAUUUACUGAUGCCCCGGACUUACGACAGGCUCUCUGACCAGUAUUUAUACUUAAAUAAUGGUACAUUAGAGCUGAUUUUCUCAAUUCUGUUUAUUACAAUAUACAGUACACUGCUGUAUAAACAUUUGAAAAAUACCAGAAAUGUUAUAAAUGGUGUAAAGGUGACAAUAAAAUACAGUGGACCCCCAGUUAACGAACUUUUUUCACUCCAUAAGUAUGUUCAGGUGCCAGUACUGACCGAAUUUUUUCCCAUAAGGAAUAUUGUGAAGUAGAUUAGUCCAUUUCAGACCCCCAAACAUACACGUACAAACG